AUGUCAGUAUUUGAUGAUUCUGAAGCCCUAAUUCAAAAUAGAUUUUGGAAACUUGAUAUGAGGAAGAACUUUCCGGAAACCUUUAGAACGGCAGUUUUUCGGAAGAAAAAAUCUGGAGAUUUCAUAGAAGUCACCCUUUUCCUCAGCCAAAAUUGGCUAGUUAAGAUUAGUCCGAAUUCAUCCAUGAAAUUCUCUCUUCUUGAUUGAAAAAUGUUUGAGCCUUUUGAAGAAGAUAACGGCCAGUUGAGAAGAUUCGGCUUUUCGGUCAGCAGCACUCAAAACUGUAAGAAAGAUUUUUAUGUGGAAAACGAGGAAACUCUGGAUGCCUGAAUUAUGCAUCUAUCCUCAGUUUGCAUUAUGACAGACUUCGAAAAUGAUUUUUCACUAGUAAAACGACUUGGCAGUGGAUCAUUUGGAACCGUUUAUUUGGCAACAAAUAAUGACACUUGUGAUAUGUUUGCAGUAAAGUCUAUUGACAAACAUAUUAUAAUUGGCAAUCAAGGAAACCUCUCAAAUCUCAUGAACGAAAUAAAAUUCAUGAGGAAGCUGAAUCACCCAAAUAUAGUUAAACUUCAUUAUGUUUAUGAGAGUACAACUCAUAUUUAUUUAGUUAUUGACUAUUUAGAGGGAGGUGAUUUGUAUGGUAGGAUCAUGAAAAGAAAAAUUUUAAAUGAAGAAAUAGCUGCAAAAUUUACAGAAAAACUAUUAAAUGUUAUAAGCUACUUGAACUCAUUUAACAUUGUACAUAGAGAUCUGAAGCUUGAAAAUAUUUUAAUGGUCUCUGAAGAUGAUGACUGCAAUUUCAAGCUUGCUGACUUUGGCUUGGCUACUGAAGUAACUGGUGCACUUCAGCUUAGAUGUGGUUCCCCUGGAUACACAGCUCCUGAAAUUCUUAGAAAAUGCUCAUAUGGGUUAAAAGUAGAUAUUUUUAGCGCAGGAGUUAUUUUAUAUAUACUUCUUUGCGGUAGAAUGCCAUUUUGGGGCAGGACUAAUCAAGAAAUCCUUCAAAAAAAUAGAGAUUGCAAAAUCUCAUUUAUGGAUGAACCUAAGCAAAAUAUUUCUAAAUUUGGGUGUGCUUUCAUUUUAAGAUUGACUGAACCAUUGCCAAAGCUCAGGCCUUCUGCAAUAGAUGCUCUAAAUGAUCCUUGGUUCAAGUCUCUAUCAAGCCCAAGCCUUUCUCAGCAUUGUUUUGAUCAGCGGAGCUAG